AUUUUCCCAGCAGACAGACUUUGGCCAUAUCGUAUUUCUUACAACAAGAGACAUCUACUGUUGGAUAUUUCAUGUUCCUCUGAAACUGUACGAAUUAUAUUUAUGAGAUACAACUAAGGUAGAUUUUAGGCUUAAAACAAUUACUUAUAAAAGUUAAAUUAACACACUAAUUAAAGUUUUACCAUUCAGCCGUGAGUAUAUUCUGAGAAAACCCGGGAUAAAGUUUACAGAAAAUACGUCCUAUUUACUCAGAGAAAAACAUUACAAUUCAUGUUGUCCUUAUUACACAUGGAGACCAGAGAGAGACUUUUAAGCUGGCACAGACUGUCGCAGUCACCAUUGAAACGAUGCGUUGUGAUCGUUAGCGUAUGUACCUAUUUAGCAGUUGUAUUUGUAUUCUCCGUUACUGUCACUGGCGUUAUUUCAUUCUGGGAUAAAAACAACCCUAGUUCUUCAAAAAGCGAUGGCUUAUUCAAACCAAAAACUGCACCGCUUCAGAAUUACGAGUUUUCCAACAAAAAUCCUCCUCAAAUCGAAAAUCUAUCACAAAAGAAAAAUAUUUUGGAAAGAGUUGUUCGAAACAUAGAUGUUGUUGGCAAAUGCGAGAAAAACUUGGAAGUAACUGACCUCGGAGGUGAAUUAACUAGCCCUUACUACCCAGAAGUUUAUCCCAGCAACCUCGACUGCUUCUGGCAUCUUAGAGGAGAGAAUGGUAAAAACAUUGUCUUGGAGAUUGUUUCUCUGGAAAUUGAAGAUGAAACUGAGUGUCUUUAUGAUUACCUAGAAAUCUAUGCCGGGCCUAAAGUAUCAAGUCCGAAAAUUGGUCGAUACUGUGGUGCACUUCAAAACGUUGUCAUUGCAACCAAUUCAAGCAAAGUUCUCAUCCUUUUCCACUCAGACCCAAACUAUGAAGUACAAGGGUUCAAGUUAAUCUAUCAUUUGGAAAGCGUUGCAGACUGCCAGCCGACAUUAACGGGUCCAGAAGGUGAUAUCACAAGUCCGUUGUAUCCUAGCAACUAUCCUGACAAUAUCGACUGUUGGACAAAAAUAACUGUUCAUAACGAGAAACAGAUUAUUCUCGAAUUUGAAAAGAUUUCUCUUGAAGUAGAUAAAGAUUGCAGCUAUGACUUCAUUGAGGUUUUUGAUGGAUCCGUUAAAGAUGCACCACUGUUAGGCCGAUUUUGCAAAAGAGAAGAUCAGAAGACCUUGAGGUCCACCAACAACACUGUGCUGGUUCACUUCCACUCAGACGACUUAUUGAAUCACAGAGGAUUUCAAGCUCAUUAUUCUACCAGUAAUUAUGUUUCUACUCCUGACCCUCAGGACCUGGGAGAAUGCACGUGGGAAAAUCAACAAUGGAACGGGACAAUUUCAAGUCCAAAUUUCCCUAAAAAGUACCCUAGCAAUGCUCAGUGUCGUUUCAUGAUUGAAGCACCUCAAGACCAUGUGGUCAUUUUGAAGUUCAACAAACUGGAGUUGGAAAACGUGCCAAACUGCACAUUCGAUUAUGUGGAACUACGGGAUGGUCACCACAAUGAUGCGGAUUUACUCGGAAGAUACUGUGGUGACAGACAGGAUGAAGAAGUCAUGUCUUCCCAGGAGAAGAUGUUGGUGGUUUUUAAAAGUGACGAUUUUUCUGAGUUUUCUGGUUUUCAAGCAGAAUAUUGGUUUGACUUAGCAAAAGAUAACGCUACCGAAGUUCUAGUGAAGGAAAAAAUAAAAGAAGUUGUCAACCAAGACAAGAACCUUGAUAUACCUUUCUCCAAAACGCCUGAAAAUGCAAGUGUAGUUGAAAACGAAUCUCAUUUGCUACAGUGUGACUCGACUCACCCUGGUGCAAAAAUCCGCUGGCUUAAAGGAGAAAAAUUUCUAGGCGGUUCAGAACCACUUCCAGGACUAAAGAUGAUCUCCAGCAACUUAUUAUUCAUUAAAAGUAUGAAUAAACAGCUGGAAGGUAUCUACACCUGCACUGCUGUGCUACCAGAUGGCGUCAAUAGCGUCACAGCUUUUAUUACAAUGACACCUGUAGGAAAAAAAGAAGAAUGUCCUAUAGAGUUCCACAGAACACCCAAAGAUGUCACUAUCCUAGAGGGAGAGUAUACAUAUUUACAGUGUUUCGUUCGAUCUCAAAAUGUGGACAUUACGUGGGUUAAAAAUGGGGAACCACUAGGGGAUUAUGCGCGGUUUCAGAUUUUGAGUGGAUACUUAACUCUGAACAAAGCUGUAGUUGAAGACGCCGGAAUUUAUACAUGUAUAGCCAAGGAUAAAACAAACAACUGUGAGAAAAAGAAUUCAGCCAUUAUAGCUAUCCGGUCAAGAGCAAGCGUAGAAGAAAUGUGUGGACAACCCAAGAUGGGAAUUCCGGACAAGACCAAACCAAUUAUGGAAAACGGUAAAAUUGUUGGUGGUAAUACGGCCAGAAAGGGUGCACACCCCUGGCAGGUUAUGCUGUGGGAUCCUAAAAUUAAGGUCUUCUGUGGAGGCGCUCUCCUGAAUGAACGGUGGGUAAUAACAGCAGCCCAUUGCUUAAUAUCAAAGAAUGUUGACUGGCCGAAUGUGAGGGUGAAGCUUGGAGAACACGACCAAUAUGAAGAAGAACCAGAAGAAUUAGUUUUACCAAUUUAUGACAAAAUUCCACACCCCAGCUUUGACCCAAAUACUUUCGAUAAUGACAUUGGUCUUAUUAAGCUACCAAACAUCAUCAACUUUAAUGAUUAUAUAAUCCCGAUUUGCUUGGGCCACAGAGAACAACACGAGGAAUAUUUUUUUAACCAUCAAGACCUGAGAAUGGGAACAGUAACUGGAUGGGGCCAACUCAAUUGGAAAGGACUUCAGCCACGAUUUCUUCGUGAAAUCAGAAUACCGGUUGUUGAAGAUUCCAUAUGCAUAGCCUCGACUAUCUACAGGGUAACCUCGAACAUGUUUUGUGCCGGUUAUUCACAAGAAACAAAACACAAAAAGGACUCGUGCAAGGGAGACAGCGGAGGUCCCUUUGUCAUAGAACAGGACGGAAAGUGGUACCUGGUUGGAGUGGUCAGUUGGGGAGAGCAGUGUGGUCGUGUAGGAAAGUACGGAUUUUACACAAAAGUGGCCAACUACAUUCAUUGGAUAAAAGGAAUUUUGAACUCCUAAGGGAGUCCAAUAAUUCUUGUAACUAACAUAGUUCGCAACAUAUAAAUCUUAAUAUUUUCUAUGCCUUUGUGUUUUUACAUGAAUCGUGCAUAGUAUGUAACAAAUAGAUGGUAUACAUUGGUUACGUUAAUAAAGCCAACUAAACUAUGUUA